UUCAGAGAUUGCAGAAAAACAACCUUUGAAUUUGCUGUCCCAGUGCCCUCCAUUAACAUCUCUUUGCGUAUCAACAAUAUACAAAUUACUAGUCCCUUUCAGAGGUACAUCUUUGUUAACCAAAACUCAGCAAAUUGUCAAUAUUCUCACACCAUGUUUUCCCUAUAUAUUUUAGGCAAUCUUGAUCCCAAUUGUGUGCUUGUCUCAGUCUUGAAAUCCAGACAGCUGUAAUUUGCGUACUCCGUUCUUACAAGAGUUUUGGGAAGAGGUUGAUCAAAUGGAGAAUGGUGGCAGCAAAGUGUUUGAACUUAGUGUCAAGCAAGGGCAGCCGACUCUGGUUCCACCGGCAGAGGAAACGAUGAAAGGCUUCUACUUCUUGUCCAAUCUUGAUCAAAAUAUAGCGGUUAUUGUUCGUACGAUUUACUGCUUUAAGUCUGAGGAAAGGGGCAACGAGGACGCGGUUGAAGUGAUCAAGAAUGCCCUGUCGAAGGUUCUUGUCCACUACUACCCGCUCGCGGGCCGUCUUACAAUCAGCCCUGAGAUGAAGCUUAUAGUGGAUUGCACAGGAGAAGGUGCUGUGUUUGUUGAGGCUGAGGCCGAAUGUGAACUUCAAAAAUUGGGAGACAUCACCAAGCCUGAUCCAGUGACUCUUGGGAAGCUUGUUUACGACAUUCCCGGUGCUGAAAACGUACUCCAAAUCCCACCUUUGGUGGCUCAAGUGACAAAGUUCAAAUGUGGAGGUUUUGUUCUUGGCCUAUGCAUGAACCAUUGCAUGUUUGAUGGGAUUGGAGCCAUGGAGUUUGUGAAUUCUUGGGGUGAAAUUGCCAGAGGCCUUCCACUUAAAGUCCCUCCAUUCAUGGACAGAACCAUCCUCAAAGCAAGAAAUCCACCAAAGUGGGAAUUCCCCCACCAUGAAUUUGCCGAGAUUGAGGACUUAUCAAACACUUCAGAACUAUACAAAGAAGAAAUGCUCUACAGGUCCUUCUGUUUCGACCCUGACAAGCUCGAGCACCUCAGGAAGCAAGCUCUGGAAGACAGAACUCUAGAGAAAUGCACGACGUUUGAGGCCCUGUCCGCGUUCGUCUGGAGGGCUCGUAGCGAGGCACUGGACCUGAAGCCUGAUCAGCAAACGAAGCUUCUCUUUGCAGUCGAUGGCAGGUCCCGUUUCGAGCCACCAAUUCCACAAAAGUACUUUGGAAAUGCCAUUGUGCUAACAAACUCACUCUGCAAUUCUGGUGAGCUGGUGGAGAAUCCGCUUUCGUUUACUGUCAAACUAGUUCAGGAGGCGGUUAAGAUGGUGACGGAUGGUUACAUGAGAUCGGCUAUAGAUUACUUCGAGGCCACUCGGGCCAGGCCAUCCCUGGCUGCAACUCUGCUGAUCACUACAUGGUCUCGGCUUUCUUUCCACACUACAGACUUCGGUUGGGGCGAGCCCGUCCUAUCAGGGCCAGUAGCGUUGCCCGAGAAGGAAGUCAUACUGUUCCUUUCUCAUGGCAAAGAAAGGAAGAGCAUCAAUGUGCUUCUUGGAUUGCCAGCUCCAGCCAUGAAGAAGUUUGAACAACUUAUGGAGAUAUAGGGAGAAUACAGAAGUUUCUACUAGUUUGCUACUUUCUCAUCAUACCUUUGUACUAGUUUCCCUUGUCAUUUUCUCCUCCCCCCAGGCUAUUUACCUUGUCUGAGUUGUAUUGUGAUUGAUUUGUGUUCCAAUUUAUUGCUGAAAAUUGUUGCUACAAUAUGUUUGUCAAGAUGCAUACACAGUUGAAAUAUUAUGUUCACUAGAAAAA